AUGUUAGAUUUUGACCCUGCAUUAUUUUGUAGUAAACAUGGAGAAAAGAUAGAUGUUUAUUGUAAGAACCCAAAUUGCACAAUUGAAACUAAAAUAUGUUGUAAUGCUUGUGCCUAAGAACUUCAUAAUCAUCAAACUACACGAAUUUGUGAAUUGAAAAAUGUUUAUACCCGUGCUAUCGAAAUUCUAAAUGAAAAAGAUUAACGCAUUGAGCAAUACUUUCAAGAUGUUAAAGCCAAAGUUUGUGAAUGUAGUAAAUAAAUUAGAAAAUAUAUCUCCUUUUUGGAAGAACUAAUUAAGACUCCUUAAAGUCAAACACUAACAAAUUUAAAAGAAGGUUUAAGAAUCUCUACUUCACCAAAUUUGGUUCAAUUUUCAGAGAAAAUCAAUAAAAUUGAAUCUUAAUCUAUUUCAGAUUACUGUAUAGCAUCUAAAACUGCUCAAUGUAUUUAAUACAAAUAACAUGUAAGAUGUAAAACUACUUGAAGAGAAUAAAAAUGAUUAAGCAAAAGAGGUUCUAUAGGAUAUCAUAAAUCGAUAUAAAUAAAAUGAAAUUUAUAAACGAGAAAUGAGUAAAAUUAUUUCUAUUAUUAUCAAGAACGAUUAAAAGGGGAAUUAAACCAAAAUUCGAGACCCCAAAAUAACAAUAUAGAUGUCCAACAUUUAACUCUUCAAUGUUAUAAAUUAUGAUAUAAAUUAGACAAAAGCUUCCUGCAGUAUGAUUAAAACACAAAUGAAGCUUUAAAGAUUUUGGAUUAAUUGCUCGAAAAUGAUAAACAUAAUUUUAUUUAUUUAAGAGAAAGAGUUAAAUUUGCAUUUGAAUCUAAGCACGCCUUGCUCGUGAGAUUAUAGAGUACUCAGUAGCAGAUGAUACUUUUUUCUUUGGAAAUUAUAAAGCUUCAGUUCAUCAUUUUGACAAUUUGUUAUAAAUAAGAAAAGAACCAAGAAUUUAUUACCAAAAAGGUAUGAUAUCUUCAUAAUUUAGGACUCUCCUUAUUUUACUUAAAAGAAUAUGAUAGGGCUAUGGAAUCUAUUGAAAAAGCUAUUGAAGCCGAUAUUGAAAACAUUCAGUUUUAAAUAACUAAAAGUAACUUCCUACCUUUUUGAAUUAGGCCAAUUGUUAUUUGCAAAAAAGGAUAUAAAUGGUCUUAAGGUGAUGGAAUUAGAUUUGAAAAAUUGGUGUCAUUCAAUUAAUCAUGUAAUCUAAGUAACCAACCUUUGCUAUUAGUGAUAGGGAUAAAUUCUAAUUUUAGAAGAAAAUUAUGAAAAAGCAUAUAUGUGCUUUGAAGAAGCAAUAUCAACGAAUUAUUUUUCUUUAGAAGCUCAUUUUUUAAAAGCUCUAGUAUUCUUCAUUUAUAAUUUAGUGUAUAUCUAAAACCCAAAAUACCAUAGAUAUAAAUUUUACCCCUGAAGAGCUAUUGUAAAGAAAUUUAGAUAAAUUGCCUUCUGACAUAAGUAAAUUCAAGAAAUUUAAUUACAUGUAUUUAGAAGGCAGUGUUUAGUAAAAUAAUCAAUUUCAAUUGGAUUAUCAAAGAUUAAACUAAUUGUAUCAACCCUAAAGGCAAUAUAAUUGAAAUGAUAAUCAAGCCUAACAUAUAACAC